UUUUGGCCACAUACGACUUAUAAUUGUGGAAGUUCUUUCAAAUGUACAAAUUAUGUAAAUAAGCAUACCUUUCCAUCAUUCGCAAUCUUUUAUUACUUUAAAAAGAAGUGUGUAGGGAGGUCUUAAUGCUUUGGCCUCCUGGCCUGAGUUUAUCCUGCUUCCUCUGAAAAGGAGAGCAAGGUUGUGUUAUCUUUUAUUUCUUCCCUGUGGAAGAUUGCUCCUCUUGCAGCCCUGGAGAUCUGCAAGAUCCCCUGCUCCAUGUUAUAUACAGAGACGUCACUCAGUGACCCAGGAGCCUUGGAUGAAGCUUUAUUUUUUAAGACUGUGAUGGAGGAGGGUGUUAUCCAACACUGAAUUGUGCUUAGGUGACCAGAAUUAGUUGGAAGGGGACAACUCAACUCACAACUCAAGCCAAAACCUUUUAUCAGUACAGAGAAUCCACUGCUACAACAACCCUGAUAGAUAGCUAUCCACUUUUAGUCUAAAUCCUUUAAAAAAGAUAUAUUUUUUAUUUUUAUUUUUUUAAAAGAAAAUUUAUAUACAAUUUCCCCCCCGUCUAAAUCCUUCUGUCAUUUGAACCUGUCAGUUUGGGUCCUACCCUCUGAGCAACAGAAAAUAAAUUGGCUCUGUGAUUUAUGCCAGGAGUAGUGAAUGCAGCGCCCUCCUGUAGUUGCUUGACUCCCAGCUCUGAACAGCACCAGCCAGUAUGGCUAAUGCCACAAGGAUGUUGGGAGUUGGUGCCUUGCAGGUGACGUUAGAUUACUUUUUUACUCACCCUGGCCUCUACAAUAGCUCCAGGUUGAACAGACCUAAUUUAUUCAACCUUUGGGUCUCUAGAUCCCUCUCCAUCUUUGUCACCUAUUCUCUGUACUGUACAUGACACACGUGGUAUCUUUUUAAAAUUAUUGUUGCAGCUUCUGGCGCCCCACAAACUGCACUCUUCACAAUUCGGCAAUUCUCUGAGGGAAAGGAUGUGCUUUCAAAGUAGUGUGCACUUCCUCAGUCUUGCCAGUUUUGGUAACUGACCGGAAGCUAAGGCUGCCCUUCCCAAAGAUGGCGUCCGAAACGAGCAUCCGCCUAUGACUCCAGAAAAGGGGAAGUGGGUUAAGAAGAAAAGGGAGGGGAGAAAGACUACAAUUCCCAUGAGCCUCUUUGGCUGCAGCUGACCUUGGCAAAAGCGGUUCAAGAAUGUUGCACUGCACAUGGCGAGCUGGGCUGCGGAUCGGGGGGCUGGCAGGUGGGGGGUCCCGAGGCUGCGUGGUUUGGAGGCUCUGGGGCCCCACGGGUCCACAGCACACCGUGCGCUUUUGGAGCUGGGGCGCGCGAAGCGCGCACGGCGCGGAACUGCCUUGGCGAUGGGGCGCACGGGGCGUGCAGACCGCCUUCCCGUUGGAUACUAAUGUGUCCCGGGAUGUCUUGCUUUUCCAGCACGAUCGAGGCCGUUUUUUCCGUAUUCUUGGGCUGUUCUGCGCCGGCCAGUUCGUGUUCUGGGCGUAUCUGGCACACUUCGCUUUCUACGGCUUGCGGGAUGUUGGGGCGAGCCGGCCGGAGCCGGAUCCCCAGCAUGGGGAGCGCCCUCUGCCAACUCUGCCGGGAGGAGCCACGAUACAGUUGAGCUCCAACAAGUGGCGCUUCGGUUUCACUGCUUCUUGCCUGACCGUGGGUUCUCUGAUCUUGGCGGCAGGUUUUGUCUUUUCCCGACGCUCUGUGAGCCGGAUUUUGCUGCACCGAGGUGGGCAGGAGGUGACCUUUACCACCUAUUACCCCUUGGGCUUGACCUCGUCCUUCACGGUCCCUCUUCGCCAUGUUUCCUGCAUGUCCCAUCGUUCGGAGGUGCCAGCGAUGAUGCCACUCAAGGUUAAGGGGAGAUCCUUCUAUUUCCUGUUGGACAAACAGGGACGGAUCACCAACACAAAGCUUUUUGACAUCACUGUUGGCGCUUAUCGCAAGCUGUGAGGCACUGCGCUGCUAAAGGGGAAAGGUGCAGGAGAGGGCCCGUUCUGCAUCCUGGGCUAUUGUGAAGACGGAGAAAGAUGGACUGGGCAUAUCCAGCAGACAGAUCCCAGGGCUAGAAGCAGCUCUUAAAUGGCUUCUUAGCCCUUCUGUGCUUUGAAAAAGACAAUUGAUGCAUGAUGUAUUGGGGUAAAUGGAAGCUCAUCUGGAGAGAGAGGGAAUGAGAGAGAGCAAGAAAGAGAGGCUGAGAUUGCCCUGGAUCCAGAGUUGAUUAGCUUGUUUGUUAAAAAUCUAGAAAGCACCAACCUGAUUUUUGCAGGGGUUUUUCGUACCUCCCAACAUACCCCAGCUGCAUUCAUAGUACAUUUUUCUCUGUAAUCUUUGGGAUGACAGAGCGGGGUGGGAAAUGUGUGCUUGUGUCUUGGUAGCAAGAAUUAAGGUUUUUGUGAUGGCUGCUUGGUUGAUCUCCAGGAUCUCAUCCUGCCUUAACUGGAGAUCAUUGAAUUUCUCCUUUGCAGAGCUGCCACAUUUAUUUCUGGAGAGGCUCCUGUGCCUUUUAACAGGGAGAGAAAUAGAAAUAGAAUAGUAAUAGAAAUACUUUAUUGUCACUGUACCACUUGUUUACAGUGAGAUUAAACGAGCCCCCCACCCCCCACAAUCUCUCAGUCCUUGUUUCACGCUGGGUGAUGUCGUACGACCACGAACCCUGAACGUCAGCUGCAAUGUUGCUGUCUUCCAUUCAGCAACCUCACGGCCCAUGCGUAGAAACUGUUCUUUAACCUGUUGGUGCGGCUUAUCAUGCUUCUAGGCAGGAGAUUGAAAAGGUGCUGGUUAGGGUGUGAGUCAUCCCUGAGAAUGUUCCUUGCUCUUCUGAGGCAACGGUCUCCCGCGAUAACAUCUAGCGGACUCUCUUCACCACCCUCCAUAGGGACUCUCUGUCCACGGCUGUCAAACCAGCAUACCACACCGUAAUGCAGUAUGAGAGAACACUUUCUAUCGUGGACCGAUAGAAGGAAAUCAUCAGUUGCUGUCCAACCUUGUUCUUCCGCAAGACCCUAAGGAAAUGAAGUCUCUGUUGGGCCUUCCUAACCACCUGGGCUGUAUUGACCUUCCAAGUUAGGUCUUCACUAAGAUGGACUCCCAGGUAUUUAAAGGAAGAGACUCUCUCCACACAGACCCCUCUGAUAUACAACGGGGCUAGCUCCCCUCUCUUCCUCUGAAAGUCCAACACCAUCUCCUUUGUCUUGCCAAUGUUUAGGUGCAGAUUGUUCUCUGAGCACCAUGUGGAUACCUUUUGAACCUCUCCCGUGUACGCAGAUUCGUCUCCGCCUGUAAUUAAACCCAUUAUGGUUGUGUCAUCAGCAAACAAUAAUUGCAGUAGACGGGUCAGAUGAAAUGCAAUCAUAUGUAUACAAUGUAUACAGCAAAGGAGGGGAACCAUUUUUCAGCCCAAGGGCCACAUUUCCUUCUGGGCAGCCUUCUGAGGGCCACUUGCCAGUAAGGGGGGGGCAGAGAGAAAAAGUGGAUGGAACAAUGAAUGUAAGCCUGACUUUUGUUAAAGUAAGCUCAUUUCUACACACACCAAUCUGUAUCCUCCAUCCAUACAACCAGGAGGCAUUAUUAAGAGUUUGAGGCUGCAUUCCAGCCAGGCAGACACCUUCAUGAGGGGAAAUGGGGCUGGUGAGGUGUGGCAUGGGGAGAGUUCUGAGGGCCAGACAGAGAGGCCUGGAGGGCCACACUUAGCCCCUGGGCCUGAGAUUCCCUAUCUCUGAGAAAGUGUGAUAGACGCUGGAACAGUCAAGUUUGUGCACCCCCAUUCCCUGUCACUGCCUUUCCAUUCCAUGAUAAUUUGGCCUGUUGAAUUUCUGUCUGCCCCCCCCCCUCCCCAAGUGUUGUGGGGAGAGGGGACCAACCAAAGUUGACAAUUGCCUCCUGCCUUCGUCCAUUUUGGCGUGGUCCCACCAGCCACUGCCAAGUCUUGUUUUCCCGCUCGAGCAGAAGCUUCCUUGGCUGGUCUGGUUGCCGUGGAAACGCAUUGGUCAUAGCGGCAUCAAGAUGGCUGCCAUGCGGAAAGGGGAGCUGGGCGGCGGCGAGUCUCCGGACAUGCGGCUGGGAAGGAGAGAGCUAGAGAAGGAGGGGAGACGAGAUGCCGCCACAGAGGCUCAAAGUCUGACACUGACUCCCGCCCUCUUGGUUUCUGGUACAGUUCUGUCUUGGAGCUGAAAUCGUAUAGCAAUGAAGGAUCUGAAAAUUGCCCCCACUUUCCUCUUCCCACUUUUGCCUUGCCUGAGCAGCAUAAGAAUGGAGCACUGAAUGAUGAGAAACUGGCUGGGAAGUUAUUUUCUUACUUUAAUUGUUUAAUUUUUGUUACUUAUUUACUUCCUUCCUUUUAACAAUUGAUAGAAGGUUCUUGAUCUGGGAUGGGAAGCCUGCAGGCCUAGGCAGCUCUCAGAUGGGGAAAAAAAGUUCAUAAAAGGACAAGAAAAGUGAUCAAGGGGGUUGGAGCAACUCCUCCUUGAGGAAACUUCCAGGGCAUUUUAGUUGAGAAGAAAGACUUACAUGCCAGUGGCACAUGUUAGUAGAGGUAUUAUAAAUGGAUGCUUGGUGUGGAGAAAGUCAAUGGGGGAACUCUCUCUCUCUCUCUCUCUCUCUGUGUGUGUGUGUGUGUGUGUGUGUCACUUUUUUUCUCAUAACUCUAAGGCUGCGUACACAGAAUAUCUUCACAGCACAUUGAAAACUCAUCUCUCCCCUCAAGGAAUUCUAGGCAAUGUAGUUUGUUAAGUGUUGCUGGGAAUUGUAAUAGUUACAGGUAGGUAGCUGUGUUGGUCUGACGUAGUAAAAAAAAUAAAAUCCUUCCAGUAGCACCUUAGAGACCAACUAAGUUUGUCAUAGGUAUGAGCUUUCGUGUGCAUGCACACUUCUUCAGAUACACUGAAACAGAAGUCACCAGACCCUUAUGUAGCCUAUAGUCAGAGGGUGGGGGCGUGGGGGUAUUACUCAGAAGGGUGAUGGGAAUGGGUGAUUGGUUGAUAGGAGUGGUAAACCUGUGAAUUUUAACUCUGUGAGGGGUGAGCUAGCAUGCCCAGAAUUCUUUGAGGGAAAGAAUGUGUCCCGAAUGUGCUUUAAAGGCACAAUGUGAAUGUGUACCCAGGUCAGGGACAGCCAACAAAGCUGAAUAACAGGCGAAAGGAAGGAUUUCCUCACACAGCUCAUAGUUAAUUUGCAACUUGUUGCCAUGAGAGGCAAUAAUGGCCACCAACCAUCCAAGAGUGACCUCCUAAACUUAUAAUGGUCUUUUUCUUUCUUGCAUAUUGCAUUUUGUUGUAUUAAAAUUUGAAUCUCAUAGAAAUAUUGUGAUACAGUACAGUAAAAUAAACGGUUUAAGAAACAGAAAAAGCAAAAAAACCCAACCUCAUAAAAUCAACACAAAUAUUGAAUAGGAUGGACGUACUGUCUCUCAUCUUCAAUUGCAAAUCCACAGAAACGCUGUGGAUCACUAGCCUGAAGCUCGCUGGCUGCUGGUUGUCCAUGGACCACAGUUUGAGAAUCUCCAGCCUAGCAGCAUCCCUGUUGGCUGUCUCCUCCUGCAAAGGAACCCUUAGGUUCUCACGAGCAUGAAAGCUUAGAUGGAACCUCCAGGUUCAGAGGCAGUCUGCCUCAGUUAGCAGAUGCCUGGCUGGGACAAACAAUGGGGUGGGCUGGGCUGCAUGCACCUCUAUGCCUCUCGUGAGUCC